UCAAAGCCAGCCUUGAAAUCCAGCCCGCCCCAGGUCGCCUCGAGUUAGCUGCGGGCUAGGGCGAAAAAACAGUCGGCAAGGAUUAUACGGAUUGAGGAGAAAGACGGAAAAAGAGACAAAAAAAGAUAAUGACGCAUCACAUUCCCCGUGCCUGUCUUUCGGGCCCCCACGCGCCAUCGGACUUGUUGUCCCUGGCCUUGUGUUGGCUUGGUCGGACCUUGGCACGCAUUGACGUCCAUGAGACCCUCCCCGGCAGCCGUUGGUCAGUCGUGGCCAUGCCCCCCCGCCCACUAAUUCCGGCCGCCGGUGCUUGCCGUGUCCGAAUUCCGAACAGGUUGUGGCAGCUUUUCACCACCGGGUCACCACCGGGUUGGACGUGCUUGGCCAUGCCAGGUGUGGUGGUGAGUUUGCGAGAGGACGGCGACACGAGACAUAAGCCAAUCCUUCCAAGGAGCAAGGAUUCGAGCCUCGCACUGGGGGGUCUCGGACUGGCUGAUUGGGGGCUAUUUUGUCCUGCACGAUGGGAUGGGAUGCAUAAUGCGGGGGCGGAUUAUCCGUGGCGAUGGAUCAAUGAUCGGGCCACAAGGCAACAAGGAAGCCGGCCUCAGGUAACAAGGAGGUUGAGGUGAGCGACUGAGGCCCAGUACGCAAUGCCCUUUCCCUCCUGUAAUUGUAAUUACCAC